AUGAAAGCAUCAAUUGUCGAAAGAUUUAAUAGAACAUUAAAAAAUAUGAUGUGGAAAACCUUUAGUUUAAAUGGAAAUUAUAAAUGGUUACAUAUUUUAUCAUCAUUAAUACAGAAGAUAAAUAAAUACAAAAAGCAUUUUGAAAAAGGUUAUCAACCUAACUGGUCUACUAAGAUUUUUAAAUUCGCUAAAGUAAAUAAAACAUAUCCUAUUACAUAUCAAUUAGUUGACUAUAAAGACAAUACUAUUUCUGGUGGUUUCUAUAAGGAAGAACUUACUCCUGUUAAAUAUCCUGAUGCUUACCUAGUAGAAAAAAUUAUUAAAAAACAGGGAAAUAAAGUUUUCGUAAAAUGGCUGGGGUUCAGCGACGAUCAUAAUACAUGGAUCAAUAAAGAUAGUAUUAUUUAA